UCAGGUAGCUAGAGAACGGCUGUUCUUCCCGACGGCCGCGAAACGACACGGCAUUGAUCGCGUGGUAGGGCGGAGAAAUCUUCACUAGGUAGGGCGCUCGCGAGCGAGCGCCGUGCUGAUUAGAAGGUGAGGGAUCGAUCGAUCGAUCGAUCGAUAGGUUGGAUUCAGGGUUGUAGCUUCAAUCCGGCUCCAAAAUUAUGAAGGGGAGAUCGAGAGGCCGGGUGUGCGGCCACCAGGUAUCGGCGCCUCUGGUUCUAGUCUUGUGCGUGCUCGCUUUUCUCGUUGGAUACUUCAUCCCCGAAUUCCAGCAGCUUCCAGAGGAUACAAAUCCAGCAUUUGCGAAUCAAAGACAUGAGUUACUCGAGGAUGUCACGGUCGCGGAGCACGGUGUGACUGGCGACGAUCAAUUGUCAUUCAUACCUUUCCAGGUACUAAGCUGGACACCUCGAGCUCUUCUCUUCCCGAAAUUCGCAAGCCCGGCACAGUGCGAGGCGAUCAUCAGUCUAGCAAAGACGAAGCUUACGCCAUCUUCACUUGCUCUUCGCAAGGGAGAGACGGCCACGGAGACGCAGGACGUAAGAACAAGUCAUGGCUGCUUCUUGAGCUCCAGGCAAGACAAGACGGGCACACUGGCCUGGGUGGAGGAAAAAAUGGCUAAAGCCACGAUGAUCCCCAAGUCACACGGAGAGGCUUUCAAUGUUCUUCGCUACGAGAUCGGACAGAAAUACAACAGCCACUAUGACGUUUUCAAUCCUGCGGAAUACGGACCUCAGAAGAGCCAACGCAUGGCUUCCUUUCUUUUGUAUCUUUCAGACGUUGAAGAAGGCGGAGAGACGAUGUUUCCUUUCGAGAAUUACGAGCACAUGAACGAGAACUACGACUACAAAGAAUGCAUCGGUUUGAAGGUGAAGCCAAAGCAAGGCGACGCUUUGCUCUUCUAUUCCAUGUUCCCGAAUGGAACGUUUGACAAGACUGCAUUGCACGGGAGCUGUCCAGUGAUUAAAGGCGAGAAAUGGGUCGCCACAAAGUGGAUCAGGGACAAAGAAGAUUGGUCUUGAUCAAAUUCUUUUUAUUCUUGAGGUUGAGAGAAAUGGUUUCAUCCAGUUUUGCAUACAAAGUCACACAUUAGUGAUGUAGAUUAGGCUAAGUAUAAUUAGAUAAACACCCAUUAACUAAUCAUAUAGCUAAAUAGGUUUUGAACGAAA